CCAGGCACACCAUUUUGUUUGCUGUGAGAAAAGAAAUCGUUUAGAGCACGAAAUAGAAAAAAUACAAAAAAUUGAUAAAUCUACGAAUUAAAUUAGUGUUAUUAAAUUGGUAAAAAGAAUUGCCUUUAUAAUGGAUAACAUUGAACGACUUUACAAAUGCUACGAGAUACUAUCCGAAGCGGGUGAAAAAAUUUCAGAGCACGUUGAAGAAUACAAGGAAAUAUUAAAAGCAGUAAAAGGCUCAUCGAAAGAAAAACGUUUGGCCUCUCAAUUCAUUGGAAGCUUCUACAAACAUUUUCCGGAUUUGGCUGAUACUGCAAUUGAUGCUCAAUUCGAUCUCUGUGAAGAUGAUGACACACAGAUACGUCGCCAGGCCAUUAAAGACUUGCCCAAGCUAUGUCAGGGCAAUGCAGAGGCUACUGCUCGUGUGGGCGACACUUUGGCUCAACUCUUGAUACUUGACGACCCCACAGAGUUGCAGCAGGUAAAUAACUCAUUACUAAGCAUCAUCAAAUUGGACACCAAAAGCGCUGUCACGGGUCUAUUCCAACAAAUCACAACUGGCGAUGAGCCAACUCGUGAGCGUUGUUUGAAAUUUAUUGCCACCAAGCUAUUGACCAUGGGACCGACUGUUAUCACCAAGGAAAUUGAGGAGUAUAUUGUGGAGGAGAUUAAAAAGGCACUACAGGAUGUCACCGCAGAUGAGUUUCAUCUGUGUAUGUCUAUUUUGGGGGCAACCAAAUUGGGCAACACCAUAACAGGUCACGCUGAAUUGGUUAAAUUGGCCACAGAGCAAGCUGAACUGAAUGCCCCAGAGUCGGCUGAUAAUAUUGCUGUGGAUGAUGAGAUUGUAGAAAGGUUUAUUCAAUGCGCCAGUGCAGCGGCACCAUAUUUUUCGAAAACGAUCAAAUCAACACCAUUUGUCUCGUAUGUUUGCGAUAAACUUUUGCCCCUAAACACUUGGAAAUUGAUAGCCACUGCUGUCUCACAGGAUCAAAUACAAUUGAGACUUUUGAAAGUAUUCGCCGAGAUGAUUGCAAAUACAGAUAAAUUAGAUAAUGCCAGCGAUCGUAUUAACAAUGUCUAUAAUGUAUUAUUGGAAUACAUGCCAUUGCCUAAGUUGAGCGAUGACGAUUUGACCGUGGGAGAUGCCACACCCCCUUCAUUUGAAUUUUCGCAUGCAGAAUGUUUACUCUACGCCUUGCAUACAUUAGGCAAGAAGCAUCCUACAAAUUUAACCUUUGUUGAAGAUGCUGAAAAAUUAAAAGAUUUUCGUGCCAGAUUACAAUAUCUGGCCAGGGGCACACAAGGAUAUAUUAAGAAACUGGAGGAGUCACUUAAGGGAAAAGCAGCAGCGGAACUUAAAACAGAGGAGAAUCAACUGAAGCAAACUGCUUUGAAAACUACUUCAAAUAUAAACGUAUUGAUUCGUGAUCUAUUUCAUUCACCGCCCAUAUUUAAACAUGAUGUUGUAUUAUCUUGGAUUGUGCCUAAAAAUAACAAACUUGGUAAACGCCAUACGCCUAUCACAUUUGGUGAUAAACCGGAGGAGGCCAAUGGCAAGGAACAGGCUGAGGAGAAGAAACCAAGACAGUCUAAUGAACAGAAAUUCUAUUCACCACCAUCGGGAAAAUAUUCAAAUAGAGUUAAUCAGAAUUAUGGCAACAAUCAGAGGUCAAGACAACGUGGAGGAGGCGGCGGUGGAGGUGGAGGCGGUGGCGGCGGCUACAGGAAUCGGCGUUACAAUAGAUAUUAAAAUAUGAUGAGAGUGAUGACCAGCGCAUAAUGAAGCACACACAACCCCCUUUAACAAAUCUAUGUCCUAGUCGUAAAAGCAAAAACGAAAGAUGAAGUCCAGAAUAAUUAGCAGCGUCUUAAACUUGAAAAAACAAAAGAAAAAAAAAACGAAAACAAAUUAACUUAAAAUCAACUUAUAACCUUAUAAAAAAAGAAACAAAAAAAAAAACGAAAAAAAAACAAGAAAGAUGACAAACUCCACAAAACUCUACUUGGAUAUACAACGAUGCAUUGUUUUGUGGGUCUGGUAAGUACUGAUGACAAUUUACUUACUAAUAUUUUCUUCCCAUUAUAUACUUUCAGUGCCGAAUUUUUUUAAAUUUCCAACAACAUAAUUUUAACAAACAAUUGUUUGCCAUUCUGAUUAAUAUUUUCUCAUCGUCGAACUGCAAAGCCCACGGGCCUUUCCCGCCCAACAUCAUCAUCUCUCAUCUCAUGUCUAUUUUUUCACAUUUUACCAAAUUCCUCUUGUUUUUAAUCAUUCUGAAAGGCUCUUGGCUUUGUUUUUUUUAUAUACGAACCUUAAAUACUAUUUAUAAAUGUACAUAAAUACAUAUUUAUGAACUUUAAAAGAAUAUUGCAAUAUUUAUAAACACCAUCAAAUGAA